AUGUCAGAUCCAGAUCCUAUAACUCAAUUCUGCGAGGCUCUUGCUGAAAAAGCAUCGCGAGAUCCGGGGUUGCCAGUGCCCAACCCGACACCAGCAUGUUGGCAAAGCGAGCCCCAUGAACUCGCAAACCACCAGUCUGCAACGCUGCCAGCUGAGCUGGAUGUUGCAAUCAUCGGCUCUGGAAUAACCGGCAUUAGCACAGCAUACCAUCUGCUGCAGCAACAGGCGAACCUCCGAGUCACCAUCCUUGAAGCACGCAGUCUCACGUCAGGGGCUACGGGUCGAAAUGGUGGACAUUGUAAGGAGGAUCCGUAUGAUGACUAUAUAGAGCUAAAAGAGCUCUUUGGCAAGGAAGGGGCCAAGAAGAUCGUCAAGUUUCGGCUUGCUCAGCUGGAUGCAAUGGUGGAAUUGGCCGGGAAACUGGGGUCGGAUGCUGAGAAGUUGAGCCUACUAAGACGUGUGGACAGCUUGGAUGUCUUUUAUGAUGAAGAUUCUUUUGAGCGUGUCAAAGAGAAAGUUGCGGAUUAUCUUGAGGAUUUUCCAGAGCAGAAAGACGUGUGGCUAGUCCACGAGGGAAGCGAUAUGAAUGAGAAAUUCGGUACCAUCAAUGCUGCUGGAUGCAUCACAGGUCCAGCCGGUGCUCUCUGGCCAUACAAGCUGGUCGGUGCUGUAACAACGCACAUUUCAAACCGAGAGUUAUACCCGAACGUGACAAUUGAGACACACACCCCCGUUGAGAAUAUAUCUACAACGGAUCACACCGAUUACCCAUUCGUGCUCAAGACCUCUAGGGGUGACCUCAAGGCAACACAUGUCAUUCACUGCACAAAUGGGUUUGCGGCCCAUCUACUCCCAGGGCUUAGGGGGAAGCUAUAUCCCAUUCGCGGGCAAAUGACACGACAAGCUGCCGCACCGGCGUUUCCGCGAUUGGGGGACCGUCGUUCAUGGAUAUUGCAUUAUAAUUUGGGUUAUGAUUACGUUACUCAGUCGCCUAAUUCGACGGGCGAUAUCUACCUCGGCGGUGGCUUCCUGAAGGCCCUCGUUACAGGCCAAGUAUCAGUUGAAGAUGCCGAUGUUGGUAGUAUCAGAGACGACCUACAAAACGAAACAGCGCUUGCGACGAUUGAAGUUGCAGUUCAAAAGCGACUACAGCAUGGGAAUGGGACGCGUGUCGUGGAUAGGUGGACUGGCAUUAUGGGGUUCACAAUAGACAACAACCCAAUCGUCGGGAAGAUUCCAUAUGAAAUAUCUGAGAGGAAACCAGCGUCGGGCAAAGGCAGGGAAUGGAUAGCCGCAGGGUUUUGUGGUAACGGUAUGGUCAAUUGCUGGCUCACGGGAAAGGCGAUUGCAGAAAUGCUUCUGAAGGGAGAGGAUGCAGUGGAGGACUGGUUUCCCAUCGAGGAGUACGCAUGUUCCCCGGAGCGCCUGCAAAAGACGGCGUUGGUUGAUAGAUUUUUGUCGUUUGUCAGAGACGGUGUUGUGUGA